CGCGGGAGGGGGUGUGUGAGCAGAAGGAGGCGGUGCCGUCGGUGGCGCGCGCGUGCGCGGUUGGUGGCGUGCGCGGCGCGGUGGGGGGUGGGGGGCGGACGGCGGCGGGUCGCGCUGCGGCCGUUGGGGCCGAGGAGGCGGCGGCGGCUACGGAGGAGGGCGGCCCGCGCGGGGGAGCGGGACUUCUCCGCCUGGCGCCGCCACAGCGGCCGCCCCGCGUCCCUGCCCCGCCGCGGCGGCCUGCUCUCAUGGAGGACGAAGACUGCCCUGACCUGAUCCCGAUUGACUCCGGCGGCGCGGGGGGAGCCCAGGCCGGCGCCAGCGCGAGGAUCCCGGUGACCAUCAUCACGGGCUACCUGGGUGCUGGGAAAACAACUCUUCUAAAUUACAUAUUGACAGAGCAACAUAGUAAAAGAAUAGCAGUUAUACUAAAUGAGUUUGGAGAAGGGAGUGCCCUGGAGAAGUCUCUGGCAAUCAGUCAAGGGGGAGAACUCUAUGAAGAAUGGCUGGAGCUCAGAAAUGGUUGCCUGUGCUGUUCAGUAAAGGACAAUGGUGUGAAGGCUAUUGAGAAUCUGAUGCAAAAGAGAGGAAAAUUUGACUAUAUAUUGUUAGAAACAACUGGUCUGGCAGAUCCAGGAGCUGUGGCCUCCAUGUUCUGGGUGGAUUCUGAGCUAGGAAGUGACAUAUAUCUUGAUGGUAUUGUAUCUGUUGUUGAUGCAAAGUAUGGAUUGCAGCAUUUAACAGAGGAGAAGCCAGAAGGCCUCAUCAAUGAAGCAUCUAGGCAAGUUGCAUUAGCUGAUCUUAUAAUCAUCAAUAAAACAGAUUUGGUUUCAGGGGAAGAACUGAAUAAAAUCAGAACAUCUGUCAGGUCAAUAAAUGGAUUUGUCAAAAUUAUAGAAACACAAAGAUCAAGAGUUGAUCUCUCCAAUGUAUUGGAUCUUCAUGCUUUUGACAGUUUAUCUGGAGUAAGUUUGCAGAAAAGGCUUCAGCAUGUAAGGACAACACACGCACAUCUAGAUAAGGGUAUAAUUACAGUAACAUUUGAAGUUCUAGGAAACAUAAUAGAGGAAGAUCUAAAUCUUUUUAUUCAGAAUCUUCUGUGGGAGAAGAAUGUGAAAGAUAAGACUGGAUGCACCAUGGAUGUCAUAAGACUGAAAGGACUGGUAUCUAUUCAAGGCAAAUCUCAUCAGGUGAUAGUUCAGGGUGUCCACGAACUCUAUGAUCUGGAAGAGACUUCAGUAAGCUGGAAGGAAGAUGAAAAGAGAACAAAUAGACUGGUUCUAAUAGGCAGAAACUUGGAUAAGGAGAUCCUCAAAGAAGUAUUUAUAGCCACUGUGACAGAAACAGGGAAACAGUUGACAUCAUACUACAGAGAAGAUGAAAAGUCUUAACACUGCAAGGUUUUUCUAUGAUAAAAAAGACUGAAUGACAUGCAGUACAGAAGCUUUUUUCUGCUCAUGCAGUUUACACAACGGUUAAACUCUUUAGUCUUAUUACAAGUCCAGCUCACCUACUGUUUGAAGAUUAGCUCUUACAGUCUAGAAUGAAACACAGUAAAUCCUAGCAUUUUGGAUUUGGCUUAUGUUAUGUCAAUAACAUCAUUUAGCUUUUCAAAAAAGCACAUAAAUAAAAGACUUUUGUUUUUACUGUAUAUGAAAAGAGGCCACAAAGUUUUGCAAAAGAAAUAGCUGGUAAACACGUUUCAAACCUAGUGCUUUCUCCUUCUAACUCUUUUUUACUACUGAAAAUCAAAUACUAUUGAUUACUGCCAGUAAUGUAAUCAUAGUAAAAUGUAUUUAAUGCUUACUAUUAAACUCUCUUAAAAAUCUC